CCGGAUCCACUAUAACACUUGUGACAAGAAAACAUUGCUUGUUUUGUCGCCCUUUUGGUAUUGACUUUUUUAAAAGGAAAUCGUUAUUGAUAACUGUAAACAAGUUACAUUUCGAUGGCAGAUCGCGCCGCGGAAGAGCAUGCGACGCCGGUGCGGAAAGUUUCCACGGCUGUUCAGCGGAAAAUCUCCUCCACCGUCAACAUACUACGCGACCGUGUCCAUGUUGGAUUUGAGAACGGCUUCGGUACCGGGCGGACGCGGCUGGAAGGAGAAGAUCCGGCAUUAAUAGGAUCGUCUCAGGAUGCUGGAGCGCCUGAAAACCUGCCCAGCGGCUCCGACGGCCAACCGGGCCCGCUGGUCGGCCGCCCGUUGUCGCGUUCACCAACAGCCGAAGACAUUGAGUUGGAUAUUUCCAUGCGCGUGGAAGAGCUGCAGAAAGAGGGAAUCAGUAAUCCUGCGUUCGAAAAGAGCCAAGACGAUGAAGAAUAUCCCGAAGAGGCGGCCAACACUGUGUCCCGCAUGAGCACAGACACCGGUCGCAAGCGGCGCAUUAACCGGCACGCGGAUCGCUUUAGGAAAAUCAGUCUGGGAUACGGUGUUAACGAAGCGGUUCCCUCGGCUGAGCACUAUCAAACGGAAAACUUAGACAGACUACGGCCGACCCUGGAUGAUCUGCGCACAGAAAAGGCGGCAAGGGAAGAAGAUGAUGUUCGACAAACUGGAGCGGAGACUAAGUUAACAAAAAAUAAAUUAGGAUGGAUAAGAGGCGUUGUGCUAUGGACAAUUUUGAAUUUGUGGGGAGUGAUGUUGUUCCUGCGUAUUGGAUGGAUGUGUGCUCAAGCGGGCAUGGGUCUGUUCCUUGUGAUCGUUGUUAUUGCUACUAUCAUCGCCGUUUUAACAAGUUUAUCCACAUCCGCCAUAAGUACAAACGGCGAAGUUGGGACGGGCGGAACGUAUUUUAUGAUUUCCAGGAGCCUUGGACCGCAGUUCGGUGCAGCUAUUGGCGUCAUUUUCACGCUGGCCAACACCAUCAACGUUUCGCUAAAUAUACAAGGAUUUGCAGAUGUUUUCGUCAAACUGAUAGAGAGCGCCGGAGCGCAUAUAACCCGUUCUGGAGACCCCGAUUUGCAGCACUUAAAUGAUGUCCGCGUUAUUGCGGUAAUCACGCUCAUUUUGCUGACAGGAUUUACGUUUUUCGGAAUGGAGAUUGCUUCUAAGCUGCAGUCAGUUUUCUUCGUGAUCCUUAUGGCAGCUAUAUUUAACAUAGUUAUUGGAUCGAUUGUACCACCGACUGCAGAAAAUCAGGCCAACGGCUUUGUAGGAUAUUCUUCCGCUUUAUUUGCGGAAAAUUUUGCUCCGGCUUUCCAGCAUGAUUCGACUGGCGAUAAUAGUUUCAUGACAGUAUUUGGUGUGUUUUUUCCUUCGGUUACCGGCAUUUUAGCUGGGACAUCCAUUACGGGAGACCUUCGCGAUCCUGCGAACGCCAUACCGAAAGGCACCAUCGUUGCUAUCUGUUUUACGUCGGUAUCAUACAUUCUUCUCGGGUGGGUCACGGCAGCUGUAACAUUACGACACGCCAGCGGAAAUGUUUCCGAUCUGUACGCUGGCACAUUACAAAAUUGUAUGGCGAACUCCAGUUGCACUCAAGGAAGUAUCAAUAAUUUCGAGAUUAUGGAAGAAGUUGCCCAUUUCCGACCUAUUGUUUUGGCUGGAAUAUUUUCGGCGACGCUCAGCACUUCGUUAGGAUGUAUUAAUUUUGCACCCAAAAUAUUCCAGGCAUUAUGCAGAGAUAAAAUAUUUCCGGGGAUCCAUAUAUUUGGCAAAGGUUAUGGGAAAAAUGAUGAACCUUACAGAGCCUACGGUUUAGUUAUGAUCGUUGCCGUUAUCUUUUUAAUGCCAGCAAACCUAAACUUCAUUUCCAAUAUCGUUUCCAACUGUUUCCUCCUGACCUAUGCGUUAGUCAAUUACGCCACUUUUGACGCUGCAUUUUCGAAAUCCCCGGGAUGGAGACCGACGUUUCGCUAUUACAAUAAAUGGCUUAGCCUGGUCACCAGCAUUGCAUGCAUAGUGAUUAUGUUCGCACUGGACUGGAUGUCGGCAAUUAUAGCAAUUGGCGUUGCAGUCAUACUUUGGGUAUUCGUAUACUACAGAGAUCCUAAGGUUAAUUGGGGAACGUCAGGCGAAGCUAAUAUUUAUCGUCGAGCCUUGACGGAUGCACUGAAGUUGAUUACCGUCGAGGAUCAUGUUAAAAAUUACAGACCACAAAUUUUGCUUUUAUGCGGAUUGCCGUGCUCGCGUCCUGCAUUGGUCCAUUUUGCCAACAGCAUUACCAAAGGCGUUGGCAUGCUCAUCUGUGGACAUGUAUUAGUGGGAAAAACUUUGGAACGCAGAGAAGUCCUGGCACGCGAAAUUUACAUCUGGUUGAGGCGGCAAAAGAUCCGAGCGUUUUAUGACUAUGUGGCGGCGGAGCGCACCGUGGAAGGAAUGAAAGCAUUGAUACAGACUUCCGGUUUGGGCAAACUGAAACCGAACAUAAUUAUGAUGGGUUAUCAACAGAGCUGGUCAGGCUGGACUGAAGAGUCCAUAAAUUCCUACAUCGGCGUUAUCAACCAUGCGUUUGACUACAAUAUUGCGGUGGCCAUCCUCUAUGCCAAGGAAGGCUUCGAUAUUGGAGAAGUCGUAAAUUUCGAGAAACUUGUACGAGAGAACGUUGAAAACCUGAAAAUGGAGGAGAACGUGAAUGUAUUUGUGAAAAAUGAAAAAGCGGUCCCUCUUGAUAUACUUCCGACGGAUGAUCCGGAUAUGGUAGCACGUAUCAAUCUGGCCCGGAAAUUCGAACCCGGCAAGAAAAAAAGGAUGAAUGGCGAAAUCCAUGUUUGGUGGUUGUAUGACGACGGCGGGUUAACACUUCUGCUUCCUUAUUUGAUGACCCGGCGCAGUCCCUGGAGUGGGUGUCCGCUCAAGGUGUUUUGUCUGGCGGGAGCCGAUCCGGAAUCCACAAAGAAGAGCAUGAUGACUUUGCUUGCUCAAUUUCGUAUAAAGGCUGUGGAUGUCGUUCCGGUCAAUCUGGACCAAACUCCAUCGCUGCAGAGCCAAGAUUGGUUUAAUACUUUGAUAUCGGACUACCGUCUUAAUGAGGUGACCAGGAGGGUUUCCCGGCUGGAUCACUAUGAUGAAUCGGAAAUGGUGCAAUUCAGUCGGCGCACAAUGAACCAAAUAAGGUUACGGGAACUGCUGCUGGAACAUUCAUCCCAAUCAGCGCUCAAUGUCAUCACAAUGCCGUUGCCCAAGGAAGGGCGCAACUCGUUACACUAUAUGGUUGUGCUGGAUACUCUGACCAGAAACAUGCCGUUGACCUUAUUGAUACGGGGUACUCAGGAGAGCGUACUCACAUAUUACUGCUAAGAGCAGUUAUUAUUAAGUAAUUAAUUUAACAGCAUGCUUUAAUUAUUGAAAAAAUUAUUUUAUAAAAUACGAAUGUAAGGCACCUGGUUACAAUUUGUACAUGUCGCAGUCGGGGUCGCAUGGGCAGUGGUGCUUUUGGGGGACUUUUUUCUUUUACGUCUAAUAAACUCACGAAGAACAUG